GCCAUCCUGCCACCUGUUGGCAGUCAAGGGCAGCUCAGCUCAGGCGCAGCUCACUGGCCCGUGUGGGACUCAAACCAGCGAUCUUGUUGCUCAAGAGCUCGCGCUCUUAACCAAACUCUUAACCCACUGAGCCACUCGGCCAGCCCUGAUUCAUUAUUUUUAUAAAAAGCAAAUCAAGGUAAAUGUUAGUCUGCUGAAUUUCUGCUUUUCUUUGUAACUAGUCAUUAAUUUCUGAAAUAAGCUUUGGUGACAUCUCAUUACCAGCUCUUGUUCUUUUCUAAAUAUGGGGUAGUCUCAAUUUAAAAAAAAUUUUGACCCUAGAAAUAAUUACAGUAAAUAACAUCUUGAAUCGAUUUCCCUUCUGAUAACAUUGUGUCUAGUUUAGAUGGGAAGCCCUGCAUUCUUUCUACUCUUUAUCAUGUUGAAACAUCCAUUGGUACUUAUUAAUAAUAUUAGGCCACUUCGGUGUGCAUUUGGUGAGGAUGUCCACUUGAGAACCUAGUGUGGUGAGUUAUUUUGAUAUUCAGCAGCUUUUGUCUUCAAUUUACAUGAUUUGUUAAAUUAGUGAGCUGGGAGCUACCAAGUAGCUGUCUCCUCAAGUCCCACUUGUUCAUUCUCUGAAAAUGUGGAAGGAUGGACCGGACAGACCUGAAAUUCAGUUCCCACAGAGCCAGUCUAUUCAGUGUGAAAUAAUUGGAUCAAUGUAUUUCCAUAACUAACUCUUUUUUACAAGUUUUCAGCACCAAAAUGUGGGUUUAUUAUUUUAUGGUUUUUAACUAAUUCUCUGUGAUUUCCUGGAAAACAGGAAGGAAAUACACCCAGAGAGCCAGCCCUUCUAGAAGUUCCCACACCAAACCCCCAUACACCAGAGCUCUCAGGAGUGCAGAAUCUCAGAUGGAGUGGGCUCUGUAGCCCAGUGUGACAGGAAGCAGGUCUGGGGAGCGGGUCAGCACCCCAAGGGAGACUUAAAGAUGCCAUUUUCUGGGCCCCCUGCAGACACAUAACUCCUUAGAGUGAGCCCUGAUCCCUCGGGGACCUGCAUGCUCAUUGAAGCUAAAAGUUUCCAUCCAGGUCCUCCUAGGUCACUGGGAAUUUCAGAGUGAUGUCACCUGUCCCCUUCCCCUGGGAGCUGGAUAAGUGGUCUGGGUGGAGCAUUAUUCUUUUAAUGAGGUGUUCAGGUGAGGCCAGGGGUUAGCUAGGGGCUCCUAGACACAGUUCUGACUGUUGAGAGGAACCUUUGCUCAAGGAGAGGUAAUGGGGUGCUCUGUUGCAUUUGUGGGGGCAGGAGAGCAUCUCAUGUUCUCAUUGCGGUAGGAAUUUGUGGACGUCUGUGGAAGGGGAGAGCAUGUGAAUCAGGAAAGAGAAAACAGAGCUUCACUUAGGAACUUCUUCUCCCUGACUGUCCUGUGACAAAGGACAGGAAAGGGCAACAACUUUCUCAGCAUUUCCAGAUCCUUCUGCCUGUCAGUUUGGAGGAAGUAGAUGAAGGACCUGAGCUGAAGCCCUUGUGGGCACAUUUUCAAGAUGCAGAUGUGAUUCCUUCCCAGAACUUUGCCUGAGGAAACAACCCAGAGCUGGAGGAGGAUGAGGACAAAAUGGCUGCUUCUCAGGGACGGUUGACAUUCAGGGAUGUGGCCAUAGAUUUCUCUCAGGAUGAGUGGGAGUGCCUGCACCCGGCUGAGUGGAAACUGUACAUGGACGUGAUGUUGGAGAACUACAGGAACCUGCGCUCCCUGGAUCUUGCUGUCUCUAAGCCAGACCUGGUUAUCUUUUUGGAGAGAAUGAAGGAGGCCUGGGAUGUGAAGCAAAAGACAGUAUCCACCCUUCCAGCUAUGUCUUCUGAGGACAGCUUGGACUUGUUGCCAAACUCAGGAAUAGAAGAUUCAUUCCACAAAAUGCUACUGAGUACGUGUAAUAAUGAGAGAAGUUAUCAAUUCAGUAAAUCUGGGAAAAACUUUAAACAAGGGUCAGAUCCUAAUAAGCAUCAGAGAUUUCAGUUUCCAGAGAACCAGCGUACACAUGGGAAAGACUUUCAUGAAAGCUCAAGUCGUACACAUUGGAAUAGUUACAUUGCAGAGAAGUCAAACAAAUGCAGUGAAUAUGACAAGUCUUUGAACGAAUCUUUGUAUCUUACUGAACAUGAGAAUAUUCAUCCUGGGGAGGAACCUAAUAGAUGUGUUCCGUGUGGGAGAGUCUUUAGUCGAUUAUCCAGUCUCAACAGACAUAGGAAAAUCCAUAGUGGAGUGAAGGCUUACAAAUGUAGAGAAUGUGGUAAAGCCUUUAAUUGGCAUUCACAACUUACUAGACAUGAAUUAACCCAUACUGAAGAGAAGCCUUACAAAUGUAGAGAAUGUGGUAAAGCCUUUAAAAUGCGCUCAUAUCUUACUACACAUGAGUUUAUCCAUAGUGGAGACAAGCCUUACGCAUGUAGAGAAUGUGGUAAAGCCUUUAGCAGGCAUUCAGAUCUUACUAGACAUGAGUUAAUCCAUAGUGGAGAGAAGCCUCACAAAUGUACAGGCUGCGGUAAAGCCUUUAAUUGGCAUUCACAACUUACUAGGCAUGAGUUAACCCAUACUGAAGAGAAGCCGUACAAAUGUAGAGAAUGUGGUAAAGCCUUUAAAAUGCGCUCAUAUCUUACUACACAUGAGUUAAUCCGUAGUGGAGAGAAGCCUUACGAAUGUAAACAACAUGGUAAAUAAAGCCUUUACUCAGCGUUCGUUUCUUACUAGGCAUGAGAGAGUGCAUACAGGAGAGAAAGAAGCCUUACAAAUGUGAAGAAUGUGGCAAAGCCAUUAGUCACCAUUUAGAGUUGACUGAGCGCAUGAAACUUGAUAAUGGAGAGAAACCUUAAAACUGAAGAAUCCAAGAAACCCUGUAGCUGGACCUACAGCCUCAAUAUCAGAGAAUGCUUACUGGGGAGAAAUCAGCAUUCAAAAUCAACAAUGAAAACCCUGUGUUCAAAAUACAAACUUCAGAAAGUCCUCAUAAUUCAUGCUCCAAAGUGACUUUAAAGAUGUAAAAUAAUGUGAGGAAAUGUUUAAUCGACAAUGAAAUCUGAAAUAUUAGAGAAUUGACAUUACAAAGUAGUAAAGAACAGUGUUCAGAUAUUACUUUAAAUCAGAAUACAUAUAGUGAAUAAGAAAAUGUUAAAAAAACUUUUGAACAUGCUUGAAAGUGUCAUGGGGAUGGAUAUUGGAAAGGUACAAUUAUUUACCAUCAGUCUUUAUAUAUUGAUAGUACUUCAAGUUUGUUGAAAAAGAAAUAUUAAUUUGAUCCCACUGUGAAGUCACUUAAUGCUGUUUUUUUACUCCUAGUGUGUGUGAAUCAUGGGUCGUUUGUUGCUGUCUCUAGCAUCUGAGAACCCAUGUAUGUUGGGUGGGAUUCACUCAGAAAUACUUUUCUCUGGAAUAAUGAGGGCACUGUAAUACACAAUGUGUGAUGAAAAUACAAAUGGAGAUGCUGUUUGGUUGACUUAGAAUGUUGAUGUAAGUCACCAUGAAGUAGGUGUUCAGGGCAUCAUUCUCUGCAUUAAUGUGAGACAGGAACAUUCUGAAUUAUAAUUUUUCCAAUUUUGAGGAAAAUAAGGUGGUUUUUGAAACCCUGAUGUGUCUUUGUAGUAGCCGUAUAUAGGAGUCAUAAAUAUUACCAAAUGUGGUUGAAAUAAAGAGGUCUUCAGAGAUAUCUAGGAAGGACAGACAACUUAUCCCUAAGUGCAUAAAUUAUUGUACAUCAUUGUUUCCUAAACAAUGAGCCUCAGUCUUCAAACCCAUGGAAACAGAGCUCUAAGGUCAUUAUAUUAGAUCAACCAGAAUGCUUCUUAAAUGCUUAUCUAUAUUUUGUGCAUGGAUCCCACAGGUGGUUUGCUGUGCUUUAUUUAGAAUGUGAAACUUAUAUUUACAUUAAUAAUAAAGCAAGUGAUUUUUAAUGUA